AUGCCUAGUCUCACUUUGCAAGCAUUCAAGGCAAUUCAGCCCAUCAAGCAGUCAAUGCUUGGUUUCCGUACAAUUCAGUCGUUCAGAUUCUCUACUACAACACAAUGUCAUGCUGAUCAACCUACACCGGAACGUCCACAAAUUGGUGCUUCGUCAUUGUUUGAAAAUGUCCAAGUUGAAACAAACGAAACCUUGACAAAGUCUGGCGAGAAGCCCGUUGACAAGCAGUACACCUGGAGCUCGGCAAAUUUCAGAACAAGCCCUCGCAAACUCAACAUGCUUGCUCGUCAAAUACGUAAUUUGCCUGUAGAGGAAGCUAUCAAGCAAAUGGAGUUUUCUUCAAAACGCUCUGCCAAGAAGAUCCUCCACAACUUGGCUUUUGCAAGAAAGAAUGCGCAAGAACAAAAGGGCAUGGAGAACAUGGUUGUGUCUCAGGCAUGGGUUGGUAAGGGUCGUUUUAUUCAGCGUGUAAACCCUCACGGACGUGGUCAAUUUGGUGUGAUGCAUCGUAAGGAGGCACACAUCUCUUUCCUCUUCAAGGAAGCUGAGACUCCUCAAGAAGCUGCCAAGGCCAAUAAGAGAUCCAUUCGUGGAUGGAAGGACACCGAAAAGGUCUGGACACCACUUGUUGGAACCAAGCCAAUCUACAAUGCAAAGUCUUUCUACAACUGGUAG